CUAUUGGGAUUGGAUGAUGGUUUGGGUCUUGACUAAUGUCGGAUGGGUCCAUUUGGAGAGCGGGGUUGGGGCAGUGAUUCAAACCGCAUUAUUCCACCACUUAUCUCCCAUCACUUUCCCACCGUUCUAGACCAGAGGGCAUUCUCAGUUUGCAGUCGCCGACGAGAUAUGUAUCCCCGGCGAAGAGAGCUAAAAUUGAGGAGGUUGUACUUGCCCCACCACACGCUUAGUGAUGAUGUCAUCAUUAUUUUCGACGAUGAUGAACUAGAGGUGAUCGAGAAGCGUAGUGAAACAGGCAAAGCCCAUACAGGAUUAAAAAAGGAUGUAGAGAGCAUGGUAAUUCCUCGGGUGUCGCUUCCCCUUAACUACUACUAUGAACUCUUCAACGCGUCCGUAAACACAGAGGGCGAUGUCAAAACGCACCGCUUCGCCAUCAGGAGUUCACGUUAUGGCCUCAAUCUUAACGCUCUUGUUGACCGUGAACUCGUCUCGCGGUAGUAACUGCGGAAUUCUCCCUAGACGUAUCGCGGUUCAUGGUUUUGGGCUUCAUUUCACGGCAUCAGUGGACCGUCAACUCCCAUGCUAAACCGUGAAUUGCGCCUGGAUCACCCUCUUUGCCCGGUCUUCUCCUCUUUUCGUCCAACUUCGACUCCAGGGCUGGUUUCACCUGUUGGAUCCUGAAACACACUAAAACGCACAAAACCUAGCGUAAAACCAUCCUUUUAGGAGUCCAAAUGCUACAAACGCCCAAGGGAAACGAGGAUAAAAUGUGUGCAAUUAU